CGCACUAGUACACGCGGCCGCUAAAUCUCGGUGGCCACUCUCAGCUUUCUCUCUGCUUUAAUUGAAAAAUUGAACAUUGCAUAUCAAAGUAUUUAAAUAAUAAUAAUAAUUGCUUAGAAAAGUGAAAACUGCGUUUUUAUUUUAUCUGUGGUUGAAUAAUUAUGAAUGACAACACAUUUCUCGAUAUUGAUGACUCUAUCAAAAUUAGAAAUUUAUUACUACCAGAUAGAAAUAGAGAUAGAGAUGCUUUAAAUCAGCAGAUGGACGAGUUAAUGAAACAAUUUGAUUCAAAACCAUCUAUCCUUGUGCAACCUACUCCUGGUAUUUGUAUAAAAACUAGAACAACUGAUGGAAAAAAGAUUUUUGUGAACAUAUGUGUGUCUGAUAAAAUUCCACCACCAGAAGAUAUACCUGAUGCUAAAUUAUUUGAAUUUUUAAAUGAUGAAGUAGUUACUUAUACUAUACCGAUGAGCAUUUGUGCUGAAAGAAUGGAAGCUGAUAAAUCUGGUACACUCAGUGCAACAUACGAUGUCAUGAUAAAUAAAGCAUAUUAAAAGUGUCAAGAGAAAAAACAUUUUAUGACAUUUACAAUAUUAGUUAUACUAAAUGCAGUGUCAGAUAAAUAUGACAAAAAAUUUGAUAUGGAAAAUUAUGUUAUUCUUAAAAAUCGAACAGUGAUGGGGAAAUUGCAACAGCAUAGAAUAGAAAAUCGUGAGCUUAAAAAGACAAAAGAUCACAAAUUACUAAUCGAAGAAAUUUCUGAUUCUGUAACACCUACCAGUAACACAACUUGUGUACAAAAAAACAAUACUGCACAAAUGGAUUAUGUAAUUUUAAAAGAACCAUUAAAAGGUCCAGCUGAGCAUUUAAUAAUUUUAUUUCACUUGUCAAAAAGUGUUUCAGUUGAGGAUGUAAUAGUAUUAAUUAAUUUUGAUCGCAUAAAUGUCACAGAUAAGAAAGCUAGUUAUGAUAUUUUACUUCCAUAUACACUUGAAACAAAUAAUGCAAAAGCCUUUUUGGAUUAUAGUCUUAUGAUAUUACGAAUAGAUAUAUUUAUAAAACAAAAAUAAAAAGUUUAUACACUA